AUGCCCUCACAGACCACUAGGGGGAGAAAAACUUUUCCCUGGAAGUCUAUCCUCUGUGGAUUUCUGUGUGUCCUUCUUGUUCUCGCAGUUCUCGCCAUCUUGCUCUGGUACUUCUUAUAUUACCAGUGUUCAUUUGGGAAGUCCUGCAGUCCUGGUGGCGUGUGUCUGAGCACCACCCAGUGGUGUGAUGGUGUAAAGGAUUGUACUGAUGGAGAGGAUGAAUCUCACUGCUUUCGCCAACGUGACACCGAUUUCUUGCUGGAAAGUUAUUCUUCAAACAGUGAUGCCUGGUUGCCUGUGUGUGCUGAGAACUGGGAUGUCAGUUAUGGCAAAACUGUGUGUGAGCAGAUUGGCUACAGCAGGACAGAUUUUAAGAGCUCCAGUCAAAUCAGCACGAGCAUUAAUGCCCCCGACGGAUACCUGAAGCUAAAGCCUGGAAGCAGCAGUGUGUCACCAGUACAUUCACAACUCCUACACAGCCCAGGUUGCUCAGCCCAAGCUGUCAAACUGCAAUGCAUUGAAUGUGGCACGCGUUCAGCAGCUUCCAGCAGUCGCAUCGUAGGCGGCAAGGAGGCUGCGAUGGGCGACUGGCCGUGGCAGGUCAGCCUCCAGAGGGGAAAUAUACACGCUUGUGGAGGCUCCAUCAUUAGCCCAAACUGGGUCCUGUCUGCAGCGCACUGCUUCCAUCCUAACACAGACCCUACAGUGUGGAGGGUAGCCUAUGGGCAUGUGAAGCUGUCCGAGAUGGUCUUCAGGAGCUUAGUUCAGAAAAUCAUUAAUCAUAAGUAUUAUGACCCUGAAACGAAUGCCUUCGAUGUUGCUUUGCUGAAGCUCCAAGAUCCUAUAACUUUUACAUCAACAGUUAGGCCGGUGUGCCUCCCCAAUGUUGGUCUGAAUGUUAAUGAGGACAGCAACGCCUGGAUCACUGGAUGGGGGGCUUUGUACUCUGGGUCAUCAGUUACUCCUAAUAGCUUAAACGAGGCCCAGGUCACUGUUUACGACAGAGACACCUGUAAUGCUGGUAGCGUGCUGGAUGGGAAGGUCACUGAGACCAUGUUCUGCGCCGGCAAACUGGAAGGAGGCGUCGACAGCUGCCAGGGCGACAGUGGAGGACCCCUGGUAGUUAACAAAGGAAAUAUAUGGUGGCUCAUAGGGGACACCAGCUGGGGUUAUGGAUGCGCUAUGAGGAACAAACCAGGAGUCUAUGGCGAUGUAACCUACUUUACGGAAUGGAUAUAUAAACAGAUGCAGAAUCAGUGAAAAAGACGAGGCUGAAGACCGUUUGGACCUAUGCACUUUUAAAUGAAAACUUGGAGAAAAUCUACUGAUCAAUGAAAACUUUUACGAAAUGAAUGAUAGAAAUAAUUCUUAAAGUUUAAGGGGUUUUUUUGUACAUAAACAUUUUAUGUUUGUAUUUCGAAUGAUUUUGCCUAUUUAUUUAUUUUAUUUUUUGUGAUGACUUGAAAACAACAAUGCAAAUCUGAGAGGCAAAUAUAACAUUAUUUGGUCAAAUUAUAUUCUAUUAAAUUAUGAGCAUAUGAGGAAAACACAUAAAUGAAAUGAAAUAAAUGUUGGUUUAGCUUUAUAAACGAUUGCUCAAAACAUGUUGGCAUGGGGAAUGAUGGAAUCGCCAUUAGCAUCUUGUUAGCUUGGCUUACAAAACAGUAAACACAUGACAUCAAAAAUGAUUGAAACCCCAACUUUUUAGCUGGAAACCCUCCCUAAAUUUGACAGACCUGUAACCUCCUUUUAUUUGCAGUAUUCAGUAGUCUAUCAUAUCAAGCCUACAGCAGAGAAGCUGCCCUUUCCUUACAGACGUGCCAUUCCUAAGGUCUCUGGUAUCUUAAAAUGCCCAAUAAAUGCUGGGAGAAAUGUUGAAUGGUCUGGUUUUGCAGUAAUCUGUUUCAGAAAUUAACCAUCCACUCAGCCUUUGAUCUUACUGCAGAUUCAGACUCUUUGGCCCUGUGGUCUUCCAUACUGGUGUCUCCCUGGUGCGAACCUCAAGGGAGUUUCACAGCUAAGAGAUUGAGAGUACAUGAGGUAAGGCCCAGUGGCGUAACCCGGACGGAUAGUUGGAAAAGAAAAAGAAAUCUUGCCACCCCUGUUGCCAUCCCGCUGAAAACAUUAACAGUGUUUUAAUUUUACAAACAUUUGCGAAGACAACAGUCAAAUUUCCCAGAGGACUUGAAUGCAUCCUCAUGCAGCACCUUCUGCUACACUUUUAAUUGGUUAUGCUGACAUGCAGUUCCUUUCCAAACGGCUCCAAAAAGCAACACGGCCGCGGCACAUGGGAUCAAUAAAAAGCAUUUACUUUGCUGCUAGUAUGUACGUUUCUUGGUACAAAAUUAAACAAUAUGCUCUUUUAAUGGGAAGUAAGGGAGACUUUGCACCACCGUGCCUGUACUUAGUAUUACCUAUGAGUAUUACUACUUUAAUUACUAGUCUCAUGAAAUGGACAAAUACGUCACACUGACUUCAUACUGGCUAAAAAGAACAUGUUGGCAAUGUGAUCAGCAACAUUCACAGAAAUUAGGUAGAAUUAUUCAUAUUGGUAUGUGUAAUGCAGCAUUAAUGCUACAUUACAAAGAGGUUUUCCAUUAACUUUAUAGGCUGAGUAAAAUUUGGCUUCUGAUUCCAGUAAGCACUGCAUCCUGCAAAACAAGUUUCUCUGCCCCUAAAUAAAAAAAAAGAAAAAACACCUUAGGAAUACAAUGGCCGAUGAUAGAUGAAUUCACCUGGGCAUACUCAGUGUUGAGUCAAGGAGGGCUUAUUCCCUUUAAAUAUGGAAGUCUUUGUAAAACAUUUUGCUUCAUCUCACCGAAACCGCAGAAUUUUGCUGUUCUGAUUGUUUUUGUGAACUUGGUUGUUGUCAUAUCACUGGGUAGUGGUCAAAUAAAGUGCAUUUUAAAGGGCUGUCCAUUUGACAGGUACAUAUUUACCUCAAAUUUUUGUUUACUACCAGAUUUGAUUAGUCCAAGGAGCACAUCAAGUACUUAUUUAUUUCUAUAUUUGCUGUAUACUUAAUUUUCAAUACAUUGUACAGUACAUAAUUGUAUACAUUUUGAAAAAUAAAAAACUUUAAUCAAUAAA